AUGGCAACUGACCUUUCCAAAACGCCGGGAACUCACAGCAGCGCCAUGGAGAUGGACGCAGCACAGGUACCGGGCACAGUUCACCUUGUUGAUUUGGAUCGUAGUGCUGCGACUUCGCACACUGGCAAUCGCAAUGAUAUUAUUCUCGUCCCGACGCCAUCGUCUGAUCCCAAUGAUCCCCUCAACUGGUCGCCGUCGCGAAAGCGUCUGCACCUUGUUUGCUUAAUUGUCGACCUCAAUGCUGGUACAGGAUACAUGUUCCUCCUGCUUGGCUGGGGGCUUCUCUUCUGGCAACCAUUUGCCCUACAAUAUGGAAAACGCUUGACCUACCUGCUAUCCAUGCUUGGCAUUGUGGCCGUCUCCAUAUGGAGUCCAUAUGCCAGUGGCAACGGACAGUGGAUUGCUCGCAAUAUCGUGACCGGCUUCGUGGCCGCUCCAAUUGAAGCCCUGCCAGAGACAUCCAUCACUGACAUUUACUUCACCCAUCAACGCGGCACAUAUAUGGGCUGGUAUGCUUGGGUGUUGGCUUCGUCCAACUACUUUGCUCCCGUCAUCUGUGGCUUCAUCAACGACGGCAUGGGCUACAAGUGGCCGUUUUUCUUUAUGGCUAUUUUUGGCGCUGCCGCGUUUGCUUUCCUCUUCCUGUUCAUGGAGGAAACCAACUACGACCGUUCAGUCGUAAACACGGGUGACGUUCCGCCAGCAACCAUCCAGGCUCAAGGAGCGUCCGACUGGGUGGUUCUCAAACUCGCACGUCGCAAUAACGGCGUCUUUGAGCCCGAGCAGCGUCUCUGGCUGUUCUCCGGCAUGACAAUCGCCGCCCCCUUCUCCCUCAUUCUUUGGGGUGUGGGCGCUGCUCAUGAGGUGCACUGGUUCGGCCUCCUCUUCGCAAUGGUUGUCCUCUCGGCAACAAGUGCUUCGGGCGUUACCCUGUCUGUCGCGUAUCUGGUAGACUCGUUCCCUGAAAUCUCUGGCGAUGGCCUGACGACCAUUAUUAUUAUCCGCAAUAUGAUGAGUUUUGCAAUUGGCUACGGCAUCACGCCGUGGCUGGAGGGACUGGGUGUGCAGAACUGCUUUAUCAGCGUGGCAUUUGUCGCCCUUGCCAUUUGUUCCGUCUUUCUACCCAUGAUAUGGUUUGGCAAGAAGUUCAGGGGAACGAAGAAGGAGAGUUAUUGGCGGGAAGUGCAAGUUCGGAAUGACAUGAAGGCGCGCUGA